AUGAAUGAAAAAAGCGAUUUAAAUGGCACACUAGAUAAAAGGGGAACGCCCCCCGAGGAAACGGCCGCUCGUCAGCCGCAAAAGCGCGCUAAGGUCGCUACAGAAGAGCGGAAAAAGGACCAGAAGCCUCAAGAUACCGCCCCGAAGGCUUCGGAGCUCUCUGUUCUGCGUGAUGACGAGCCAUCGUUCCCUCGUGGUGGUGCUAGCGUCCUGACCGCACUGGAGCGCAAGCAAAUUCAAAUCCAAGCUACCAAGGAUGUCCUGACGACGAAAAUGGAGGAUGCCGAUUCCACAGCCCCCAUGAAGAAGUCACGCAAGAAGAAGACUAAGGGCAAGAAGUCUGAUGGAAAGGAAAAAUCAGAGAAGGAAGGUGUUCGCAUUGAAGCUCUCGGAUUUAAGCGUAUUGUACCCGGAUCUAUGAUCCUUGGUCAGGUCUCGAGUAUCAGUGCUCACGAUAUCGCAAUUUCUCUGCCAAAUAACCUUGUUGGAUACGUUUCCCUCACCGCCGUCUCCAAGAUCCUCGACGAUAAGAUUCAGAAACUACUCAAUGAUGAGGAAGAGGAUGGAGAUGAUAGCUCGGAUGAGGAUUCUAUUGAGCUUAAGGAUUAUUUCUACCUGGGCCAGUACCUUCGCACCUAUGUGGUUUCUACUGGCAGUGAGGACACCGAAGCCACGGGUCGCAACAAGAAACGUCUCGAACUUACAAUCGACCCCAGACAAGCCAACACCGGUCUCUCAAAGUCCGAUCUGGUGAAGGAGUCCGUUGUCCAGGCUGCUGUUGUCAGUGUCGAAGACCACGGUCUGGUCAUGGACCUGGGUAUUGAGGGUUCAGACCUGAAGGGUUUCAUGUCCUCCAAGGAAAUCGACCCCCGCGUGGACUACCACAGUAUUAAAGAAGGAUCAGUUUACCUGUGUGUUGUCACUGGACAAAAUGCCAGCGGCAAUGUCAUCAAGCUUUCCACAAACCUUCAAUCCGCCGCUUCUAUUAAGAAACAACACUUCCUCAGCGCAGCCCCAACAAUCGGCUCCUUCCUCCCCGGUGUCGCCGCUGAGAUCCUUUUGACCGAAGUCACAGAGACUGGUAUGAUGGGAAAGAUUAUGGGUAUGCUUGAUGCUACAGUUGAUCUGGUCCAGUCUGGCGCCAAUGAUGGCAAGCUUGACCUGGUGCGGAAAUUCAAGAUCGGAGCCAAGAUCAAGGGCCGUAUUGUAUCGACUUUUCCAUCUGCGGAGCCUUUCAAGGUUGGCUUCUCUAUUCUGGACCACGUCCUUAAGCUUUCUACCGAGCCCUCAGGCCCCAACUCAUCCGCCGAUGCUCCUGCUAUCUCUGCUAUUAUUCCCGAGGCCAAGAUCAUCAAGGUCGACCACGGUCUGGGUGUCUACGCUCAGAUCGGUGAAACUCAACACCUCGCAUUCAUUCACAUUUCAAGACUUUCAGAUGGAAAGGUUGAGUCCAUUUCCGAUGAUGAGGGCCCCUUCAAGGUCGGAAACACCCACGAGGCUCGAGUUGUUGGCUACAGCAUGGUUGACAACCUGUACCUCCUCUCUUUCGAGAAGACCGUCAUUGAACAGCCCUUCCUCCGCCUCGAGGAUGUCAACGUCGGAGCUAUUGUCAAAGGAACGGUUGACAAACUCUUGAUUGGUGCCACUGGCAUGGAUGGCUUGAUCGUUAGCCUUGCCGAUGGAAUCACUGGUCUCGUGCCGUCUAUGCACUUUGCGGAUACUAAGCUCCAGCACCCGGAGAAGAAGUUCCGCGAUGGCAUGAAAAUCUCCGCGAGAAUUUUGUCCGUCAACUUUGAGAAGCGCCAAAUCCGUUUGACUCUGAAGAAGAGUUUGCUGAACACUGCAUCUGCUAUUUGGAACGAUUACAAGGAUAUUAUGGCGGGAGCUCAAUCCCCCGGAACUAUUGUUAACAUUCAACCCCACGGUGCUGUUGUCCAGUUCUACGGUACUGUGCGUGGAUUCCUGCCUGUCUCUGAGAUGAGCGAGGCCUACAUCAAGGAUCCCUCCCAGCACUUCAAGUUGGGCCAGGUUGUCAAUGUGCACGCCCUGAGCGUGGACGCCACUCAAGGCCGACUUGCCGUUUCUUGCAAGGAUCCUUCUACCUUCACUGAGAAGUACCGCAAGGCCUUUGAGGACAUUCACCCUGGUCUCCUCCUUACUGGAACUGUUUUUGAGAAGUCAAACGACGAUGUUCUUCUUAAGCUGGAUGAAUCUGGCCUUGUUGCUCGCCUGGUUGUGCAACACGUUAUUGAUGGUUCCCCAUCCAAGCAGAGCUCGACUUUGUCCAAGAUUCGUGUUGGCCAAAAGCUCAACGACCUCAUGGUCCUCGAUAUCCAGCGUGCUCACCGUCUUAUCCGCGUUACUUCCCGAGCCAGUCUUAAGAAGGCUGCCAAGCAAGAAUCUAUGCCCAGCAAGUUUACUGAUGUCCAGGAGGGCUCUAAGGUCACUGGUUUUGUUCGUAACAUCACACCCGCCGGACUUUUCAUCGAGUUCUUGGGAGGCUUGACCGGUCUUGUGCCCAAGCGUUUGAUCGAAGAGGCCAACCUCUCCCAGGUUGAGUUCGGAGCCUCAAAGGGCCAAACUAUCACUGUCUCAGUUCACUCCGUUGAUAAUGAUGCCCAGCGCUUUAUUCUGAGCCAGAACCGAAACGACGCUCUCGCCAACGCCGUUGACGAGACUGUGUCCACUCUUUCCGACCUUAACUUUGGUCGCCUUGUCAAGUGCAAGGUCGCCAACGUCAAGUCGACUCAGAUCAACGUUCAGCUCGCAGAUAACAUUCAGGGUCGUAUCGAUGUCUCUGAGAUUUUCGACAAGUGGGAUGAUAUCAAGGACCGAAAGCAGCCUCUCCGCUUCUUCAAGGCGAAGCAGGAGCUUUCCGCCAGAAUCCUCGGUGUUCACGAUGCUCGCAACCACAAGUUCCUUCCCAUCUCCCACCGCAGCGGCAAGUACCCCGUCUACGAGCUUUCUCUCAAGCCCAGCUUCCUCAAGGCCGCCAACCCCGAGCCUUUGAACAUGGAGCAGGUCAAGGUCGGAUCAUCUUGGAUGGGUUUCGUCAACAACAUUGCCGAUGAUUGCAUCUGGAUUAACCUGUCCCCCAACGUCCGAGGCCGACUCCGCUUCAUGGAUGCUUCAGAUGAUCUGUCUCUUUUGACCGAUGUUGAGAAGAACUUCCCCAUUGGUUCCGCUCUGAAGGUCCAGGUCACUGCCGUUGAUGCUGAUAAGGGCCACUUGGAUCUUUCUGCCAAGCAAGGUUCCGAGAAGCUCACUUUCAACGACAUCUCCGUCGGCAUGGUUUUGGCUGGUCGUGUCACCAAGAUUACAGAGAAGCAGCUCAUCAUGCAACUCAACGACGCACUGGUCGGUGCCGUCAACUUGAUCGACUUGGCCGAUGAUUACUCCAAGGCCAACCCAACUGUGCACCAGAAGAACGAGGUUCUGCGUGCUUGUGUUGUUGCUGUUGACAAGAACCACAAGAAGAUCUACCUUUCGCUUCGUCCCUCCAAGGUUCUGAGCUCCUCACUCCCUGUUCAGGAUCCCGAGAUCACCUCUAUCAAGGACCUCAAGGCCAACGAUGUCGUCCGCGGUUUUGUCAAGCGCAUUGCUGACUCUGGUCUCUUCAUCUCUGUUGGCCACGACGUCAACGCCUAUGUUCGUGUCUCCGACCUUUCCGACUCAUAUCUCAAGGAAUGGAAGGACUCCUUCCAGGUGGACCAGCUUGUCAAGGGCCGUGUCACACUGGUUGAUGCCGAGCAGGGCAAGCUGCAGAUGAGCUUGAAGGAGUCCGUCCUGGAUCCUAACUUCAAGGCUCUCACCACUCUCCAGGAUCUCAAGGUUGGACAAGUUGUCACCGGUAAGAUCCGUAAGGUCGAGGAGUUCGGUGCUUUCAUUGUUGUCGAUGGGUCCAAGAAUGUCAGCGGUCUCUGCCAUCGUAGCGAGAUGGCUGACAAGCGGGUGCAGGAUGCCCGCACCCUGUACGAUGAAGGCGAUGCUGUCAAGGCUAAGGUCAUCAAGAUCGACAGUGAACAAAAGAAGAUUUCAUUCUCUCUCAAGGCCUCCCACUUCCAAGAUGAGGAAGACAGCGAUGAUGAAGACAUGAGCGAGGAUGGCCUCGGCGGUGUCGAGCUUGGAGAGGACGACAGUGAGGAUGACGACAUCUCCAUGGGUGGUGUUGAUGUUGAGGAUGAUAGCGAAGAGGAGCACGACGAGGAAGAGGACGAGGAUGAUGAGGAUGAGGAAGAGAGCGAUGACGAUGUUGCCAUGACUGGUACCAAGCCUUCCAAGGAUGGCGGACUCGGUGCUAGCGCCUUCGACUGGGGCGGUAACGUCCAGGAGAAGGAGGCUGCCGCUUCCGACAGCGAGGAAGAGGAUAAUAAGAAGAAAAAGAAGAAGUCUCGCAAGGCUGAGAUCCAGGUUGACCGCACUGGUGACUUGGAUGCCAAUGGCCCUCAGACUGUUGCCGACUAUGAGCGUCUCCUUCUGGGUGAGUCCGACUCCUCGCUGCUGUGGCUUCAAUACAUGGCGUUCCAGCUGGAGCUGGGUGAGGUUGAGAAGGCUCGCACCAUCGCUGAGCGUGCUCUGCGCACUAUCACCAUGGGACAGGAUGCUGAGAAGCUGAACAUCUGGGUGGCCCUGCUUAACUUGGAGAACACCUACGGCAACGACGAUAGCAUCGAGGAGAUCUUCAAGCGCGCAUGCCAGUUUAACGAGCCCUCCGAGAUUUACGACCGCUUGAUCAGCAUUUACAUUCAGUCCGGCAAGAACGAGCAAGCGGAUGACCUCUUCCGAACCGCCCUGAAGAAGAAGAUCUCUACCCAAACCCCCAAGUUCUUCCUCAACUACGCCAGCUUCCUCUUCGACACCUUGGCUGCCCCUGAGCGUGGUCGCGGUCUCCUCCCGCGUGCCCUGCAGUCCAUCCCCGCUCACACUCACGUUGAGACCACAUCUAAGUUUGCCCAGCUGGAAUUCCGAUCUGCAAACGGUGAUGCUGAGCGUGGUCGCACUGUCUUCGAGGGUCUUCUUUCUUCUUUCCCCAAGCGCAUGGAUCUGUGGAACGUGCUCCUGGAUCUGGAGAUCAAGGCCGGCGAUGCAGACCAAGUGCGCCGCUUGUUUGAGCGUGUUCUUGGCUUGCAGCACAAGAAGGGUGCUUUCAGCAUCGAUGCUAGCAAGAAGCUGAAGCCCAAGCAGGCCAAGUUUAUGUUUAAGAAGUGGUUGGCUUUCGAGGAGAAGCUUGUUGCUGAUGGUGGUAAUGAGAAGAUGGUGGAGGAUAUUAAGGCUCGGGCGGCAGCCUAUGUCAAGUCUCUUCAGUCAGAAGAGUAA